GAUCAAGCGCCCUCGGCGACCCCAGUUGGCGUCAGUGGCCUGGCCACCCCGAUGCACACCUCUCAGCUGGGCGCGCCCGCCACUGGACUCGAAACGGCUUCAAUGCCCGGUGUUCUGAGUGAAGAGGAGCUCGAUCUCAUCCUGCCGGGCACCGAGCAAGGCUUCAAGAUCGUCGAGCCGCCAGAGGGAUUCACAGGCGGGCAGCCGCCCAUCCACCGCGUGGCCGCCACGCCGCUUCCCGCCAACUACAGCGGCUUCAUGAUUCAGGACCCUGACAGCGGACGGGUGGGACAGAACCAGAUGCCCAAAGAGAUCCCUGGAGUUGGAGAUCUGCAAUUUUUCAAGGCUGAGGACAUGGCAUACUUUGGCAAGCUCACAGAUGGUGCUGACGAGAACAGUCUGUCCGUGGAAGAGCUUAAGGAGAGAAAGAUCAUGAGAUUGCUGCUCAAGGUCAAGAAUGGCACUCCGCCAAUGCGCAAGACCGCGCUUCGCCAGCUGACCGACAAUGCCCGCAACUUUGGCGCCGGCGCCCUGUUCAACCAGAUCCUCCCGCUACUGAUGGAGAAGUCUCUCGAGGACCAGGAGCGCCACUUGCUCGUCAAGGUCAUCGAUCGUGUCCUGUACAAGCUUGAUGACCUGGUCCGGCCAUAUGUCCACAAGAUCUUGGUCGUCAUCGAGCCGCUUCUUAUUGACCAGGACUACUACGCCAGAGUGGAGGGUCGGACGAUUAUUUCGAACUUGAGUAAGGCUGCCGGUCUCGCCACAAUGAUUAGUACCAUGCGUCCAGAUAUCGAUCACGUGGACGAAUACGUGCGAAACACCACAGCGCGUGCCUUUGCUGUCGUCGCCUCGGCAUUGGGCAUACCGGCCCUGCUCCCUUUCCUGCGAGCAGUCUGUCGAAGCAAGAAGUCAUGGCAGGCGCGUCACACGGGUGUCAAGAUUGUGCAGCAGAUACCUAUCCUUAUGGGAUGUGCUAUUCUGCCACAUUUGAAGGGACUCGUGGACUGCAUCGGACCCAACCUAAACGACGAACAGACAAAGGUCCGCACGGUGACGGCGCUUGCGAUCGCCGCGCUCGCCGAGGCGGCCAACCCUUACGGUAUCGAGAGCUUUGACGACAUUCUCAACCCGCUGUGGACUGGUGCUCGCAAGCAGCGCGGCAAGAGUUUGGCGGCGUACCUCAAGGCUGUUGGUUACAUUGUGCCUCUGAUGGACGAGGAAUACGCCAACUACUAUACCAGUCAGAUCAUGGAGAUUCUGCUGCGAGAGUUUUCGUCGCCCGACGAGGAGAUGCGCAAGGUUGUCCUACAGGCCAUUUCCAAGUGCUCGCAGGUCGAUGGUGUGACGGCCGGCUAUCUGAAGGAGCACGUUCUGGACGAGUUCUUCAAGAGCUUCUGGGUCAGGAGGAUGGCUCUCGACAAGCGCAAUUAUCGCCAAGUCGUUGAGACGACGGUCGACCUUGGCCAGAAGGUGGGCGUGAGCGAGAUUCUUGAGCGCAUCGUCAACAGUCUCAAGGACGAGAGCGAGGCGUAUCGCAAGAUGACCGUGGAGACGGUGGAGAAGGUGGUCGCCGGUCUCGGCGCGGCCGAUAUUGGCGAGCGCCUCGAGGAGCGCCUGAUUGAUGGCAUUCUGCACUCCUUUCAGGAGCAGAGCGUCGAGGAUAUUGUCAUGCUCAACGGGUUUGGCACAGUGGUCAACGCGCUUGGCAGUCGAUGCAAGCCGUACUUGCCACAGAUUGUCAGUACUAUCCUGUGGAGGCUCAACAACAAGUCUCCCACCGUGCGGCAGCAAGCUGCCGACCUCAUUUCACGCAUCGCGAUGGUGAUGAAGCAGUGCGGCGAAGAUGCCCUCAUGGGUAAGCUCAGCGUUGUCCUUUACGAGUACCUCGGUGAAGAGUACCCCGAGGUCCUGGGCUCCAUCAUCGGAGCUCUGCGGUCCAUUGUCACCGUGGUUGGCAUCAGCGAGGUGCGGCCGCCGAUCCGAGACCUGCUGCCUCGACUCACGCCCAUCCUGCGCAAUCGUCACGAAAAGGUGCAGGAGAACACAAUCGACCUCGUCGGCCGUAUCGCGGAUCGCGGGCCGGAGAGCGUCAACGCGCGAGAGUGGAUGCGCAUCUGCUUCGAGCUGCUCGACAUGCUCAAGGCGCACAAGAAGGGCAUCCGGCGCGCAGCCAACAACACGUUCGGCUUCAUCGCCAAGGCCAUCGGCCCGCAGGAUGUCCUGGCGACGCUGCUUAACAACCUGCGCGUGCAGGAGCGUCAGUCGCGAGUGUGUACCGCCGUCGCCAUCGGCAUCGUCGCCGAGACGUGCGCGCCCUUCACCGUGCUGCCGGCGCUCAUGAACGAGUACCGCGUGCCCGAGCUCAACGUGCAGAACGGCAUCCUGAAAUCCAUGUCGUUCCUGUUUGAGUACAUCUCUGAGAUGGCAAAGGACUACGUGUACGCCGUGACGCCGCUGCUCGAGGACGCCCUGAUCGACCGCGACCAGGUGCACCGCCAGACCGCGGCGUCCGUCGUCAAGCACAUUGCGCUCGGCGUGGUGGGCCUGGGCUGCGAGGACGCGCUCCUCCACCUGCUCAACCUGCUGUACCCGAACCUGUUCGAGACGAGCCCGCACGUCAUCGACCGCAUCAUCGAGGCCAUCGAGGCCGUCCGCGUGGCCAUCGGCCCCGGCCUGGUCAUGAACUACGUCUGGGCCGGGCUCUUCCACCCGGCGCGCAAGGUGCGCAUCCCGUACUGGAGGCUGUACAAUGACGCAUACGUCGGGCAGGCGGACGCGCUGGUGCCGUACUAUCCGAACCUGACGGAGGGGAUCGACCGGGGCGAGCUGGCUAUUGUGCUGUAGAUGUAAAAAGAAAAUGGGAUCCUUUCUUGUUCUCUCUUCUUGUGUUGGACGGGAGGGCGGACUUGUAUGCACAAAGCGGCGUUCUUUAAGUUUAUUUCUUCUCUCAUGUUUCUAUGUAAAGAAAGGCAUUGCAGCGAGGCAAUGAAGAUGAAUGGGGGCUAGUCCAUCAGAAGGAGCGGGCUUAGCAGCCACAUUGGGACUGACUGGCUUUGCGAGGAUGGGGGGGGAAUAAAUAUAUAAUCAGUGUCUUUUGACUGUCCCUGCUCUCACACACACUCUCUGUCUCCUUCUCUAGCUGCUUGCUGC